AUGGCGCUGAAAGCUUGCAUUGACGGGUGGAAGCAUCUACGGAAGGUUAUUGUGGUGGAUGGUACUCAUAUGUUUGGGAAGUACAAAGGGUGUUUACUAACUGCAAGUGGGCAAGAUGCCAAUUAUCAGGUAUUCCCUAUAGCGUUUGCUGUUGUAGACAAUGAAACAAAUGAGUCUUGGAGUUGGUUUUUUGAGAAGCUGAAAGAGAUCGUAGAAGAUGGCUCCGAUUUCGUGUCUGAUAGAGCAAGUCAAAUAUGUGUUGCUAAAGAUAAGUGGUAUUCUCUUUCACACCAUGGGUGCUGCCUCGUACACCUACAGAGAAACGUCGACGCAAAAUUCAAGAAAAGGAAUCAGAAGCAAAUGGUUGGCAGGGCAGCGGAGGUAUUCAAGGUAUCCCACUUUAAGAGACUUUACGCGGAGAUCAAACUUACAGAUAAGCGCUGUUGGGAUUAUCUUGAGAAGAUGGAUCCUAGGCAUUGGACAAGGUCACACUUUGAGGGCGAGCGGUACAAUCUAAUGAGCUCGAAUAUAGCUGAGUCUCUCAACAAAGCACUAGUUCCUGCGCGCGAUUCCCCGAUAAUGGCGUUAUUUGAGUUCAUCAGACGCAUGAUUAGUCGUUGGUUUGUGAGUAGACAGCGAAAGAUAUCGAAAAUGAGUGGUGAGAUCCCCCCGGGUGUUGACGAGUUGAUGGAGGACAAUCUAGAAGACGCAAGAGCGUACGCUGUGAUGCUUCUGUCUGCUUUUGAAUUUGAGGUAACUCUAAAAACAACCGGCUUCGGGAGUUCUGUUAAUUUGGAAACCAGGUCUUGCACAUGUCUUGAAUUCCAGAAGGUUGGAAUACCAUGUCGACAUGCCAUUGCUGCGGCUAUGUUUCGGAACUUGAAGCACUCAGAGUUCGUUGCAGACGCCUAUCUAAAAAAGACAUGGAAUGAAACAACAAAGGGUGUUACACUCCCGGUUCCAGAUCCGCAAGAUAUUUUCAUACCUUCGGAGGUUAGUGACCUUAUCAUGUUACCACCAAAGACGAAGAGACCACCAGGACGUCCACCGACCAAGCGUAAACGUUCUGCAGGAGAAAUACCGGUACGACCUAAUCUCAUCUGA